UGAAUAGAACACACCAAUACCACACAGGCAUCUUGAAGGCAAGUCCUCUGUAUUUUUAUUCAAAUGAUGUGACAUACUUGAUUUUGGUUAUUCUUUUAGUUCACAGAACACUUGUGAAUUAGGUAAAUGCAUUUUCUUUCAAAUAUAUAUUAGUACAGAAAUGUUCAGGUGUUUAAAAUUAAAUUACAUGAUAAAAUGAUUGUUACAAAGUUUAACCAUUGAAAUACCCAAGCAACUGUAUAAAAUAGAAAAUUCAGAACACAUUUGUGGAACUUGAACAACUCCACAAACAGCUUCAAGCAAAUGGACUGCGUCCAACAUAUUGACUCAGAAAAAGUCAAUGAAGGAGACAAAAAGGACGUAGAGCUACAAAAUCAAAGAGACGAAUCCAUAGAGGGACAAAGACUCUUAAUCCUCACCGAUGAGCAGCCGUGGAAACCAUGGAAAUGGUCCCGCUCCUGGGUAAAAGACUUUCUGGUGAGGGUCAGAUGUGUCAUGGGUUCCCUGAUGGGGAUGGAGUGGUACUGUUUCGCUGCUCUCGGGGUUCUGACUGCAUUCCUUAGUUUUCUCAUGGACCUGAGUGUGGCAAAGCUGCUUCGAGCUCACCAGUGGUUGUAUAGUCAGUUGGAGGGCCACUGUCUCCUGCAGUUCCUGUGCUGGACCCUGUACCCAGUCUCACUCUCUGCUCUAUCCACAUCUUUCUCUCAAAGCAUCUGUCCAUUCUCAGCAGGUUCUGGGGUUCCAGAGGUGAGGACCAUACUGUCUGGUGUGGACAUGCCACAUUACUUGUCCCUCACCAACCUAUUUGCCAAAUACGUGGGUCUCAUUUGCACACUGGCAGCCGGCAGCACUGUCUUCCUGGGAAAAGUGGGUCCAUUUGUGCAUCUCUCCACCAUGGUGGGAGCCUAUCUGAACCAACUCUGCACUGUUCUCCGUGGUGAGAAGGAGGAGAGAACUGAAGGAGCGAUGCUGGUCGUGGCUGCUGCUGUUGGAGUAGCCAGCUGCUUCGGGGCCCCUAUCAGUGGUGUGUUGUUUAGUGUGGAGGUGAUGAGCUCUCACUUCGCCCUAAAAGAUUACUGCCCAUGCUUCUUUGCGGCGGCCUGCGGAGCGCUCACCUUCCAUCUGCUCUCCAUGUGGAGCGGCGAGCAAGAGACUCUUCAGGCCUUGUUUCAAACCAGCUUCUCAGAUGACCUGCCGUUCUACCCACUGGAGAUUCCGGUCUUUGCAAUAUUGGGGCUUCUGUGCGGAGCAGGUAGCUGUGUCUACCUAUUCUGUCACCGUUGGAUACUGCUGUUCAUAAAGACAAACAAAAUCCUAAUCAAAGUCUUGUCGACUGAGAAGGCCCUAUACUCCGCUAUGGUGGUAUUCCUUCUGGCCUCUGUGACUUUCCCUCUUUCUGCCGGUCAAUAUAUGGCUUCCAAGCUCACCAUUAAGCAGCUCCUCUCUUCCCUUCUGGACAGCAGGCAGUGGACCUCUCAAUCCCACAAUGCCUCUGUGGUUUUGCAGCCAAACUUGUGUCCCUGGUCAGAGUGGAUUCCUUCAGGGAAUCCAUACCUCACUCUGGGAUUCUUCCUAUUCAUGAAGCUGUGGAUGCUGGUGUUGGCUUGCACCUUACCCCUGCCAGCCGGAUACUUUAUGCCUGUCUUUAUCUAUGGUGCUGCUAUAGGACGUUUAUUCGGGGAAGGAUUGGCAUUUGUGUCCCAAAAUGGUGUCUAUUUAGACCAGGACAGGAAUCCAAUCAACCCUGGAGGCUAUGCACUGGCUGGUGCAGCAGCAUUCUCAGGGGCGGUCACACACACGCUGUCCCCUGCUCUCCUGGCUCUGGAGCUGACCGGCCAGUCCACUCACGCCGCACCCAUUCUCCUCGCCACGCUGUUGGCCAAUGCCCUGGCACGCUCUGGGCAGCGGCCAUCCUUCUACGAUGCCCUCUCCAUCAGCAAGAAGCUCCCGCACUUACCCUCCCUGCUCAAGGUCUGCCCAAGGCUCUCCUCUGUCCCAAUAGGGAAGGUCCUGGGUCCUGGAGGUCCAGUGCUGGAGAGGGCAGCUGGGCCAUUGGAGGUUCAGCAGGUUCUCAACACAUGCAGCCAGACACAGAUCCCUGUGGUUGACACACUGGACUCACGGAUUCUGCUGGGAUCAAUUAACAGAUCGGACCUGCAGACAUUUCUAUGCCACAACCACAAUAAGGUAUUGAAGAAACAGUUGGUGGAUAUGUGCUGUAUUCAGCCUGUUUCUGUCCAGCUAUCUCCUGAUACCACUGUCCAGGAGGCUCAUGGCGUCCUCAGCGUGCUGUGUGGCGAGAGCUUGUUUGUGACUGAAAGGGGGAGGCUAUCUGGUGUUGUCACAUGGCCAGAGAUGAAGAGAAUGAUGGCAGAUUUGGCUGAUGACCUCUAAGCUAUUAUUUACUCCCAACAAGGACCUAUCCCUAACUACAGCGAAUAAUAUUGAUUCUCAUAAUGCUAAUAAUGAUACUUUGUCUUAAUUUUGUAAUGAUAAGCUUUUUGCUAAUCACCAAUGUUAUUUUCUACUGAAGGCUAUUUCAUAACAGUUAUUAGAGCUUAUUGAUAUGUCGUUAGGAGAUGUAACUCCCUUGCGGUUUUGGAUUAUCUUGUUUACUGACCCAGAGAUAUCGCUAAGGACACUGUGAUAUUCAAAGUAAUUACACGUCGUGCUCAAGAACAUCCCUUAGCCUUAGUGUGUUAUUUAUCAGGAUAUAGCAUGUGCUCUUAUGCCUUAUUGUGAGUUAGAGCAAUUUCAACGAAUAGUGGAUUCUGUGAUGCCACAAACAACUUCUCUUCUGCUUCAGGCCAUUAUUUACUUAUCUGUUGCUCCCAGUAAUUUUCUCCCUUCAAUUCAGUCCUUUUUCACUUUGAGCAGAAGGACCCAUUGUUGUUGUACAGGUGUCACGUUCCUGACCUGUUUUCUGUUGUUUUGUAUGUGUGUGAUGGUCAGGGCGUGAGUUUUGGGUGGGCAGUCUAUGUUUUCUGUUUCUAUGUUGGUUUUGGGUUGCCUGGUAUGGCUCUUAAUUAGAGGCAGGUGUUUUGCGUUUUCCUCUAAUUGAGAGUCAUAUUAAGGUAGGUUGUUCUCACUGUUUGUUGGUGGGUGAUUGUCGCUGUGUCUGUGUUUAUUGCACCACACGGUACUGUCUCGUCUCGUUCGGUCGUUCCUGUUCAUGUGUUCUUCGUUUCAUGUAAGUUCGUAGUUUAGGUCUGUCUAGUUCGUUUUGUUAUUUUGUAAAUUAGUCAAGUGUAUUUCGUGUCUGUCUUUCGUCUUGCAAUAAAGCAUUAUGUAUUCAUCA